AUGGAUAACGAGAAGAAGAACUCAGGGGCGCACGCUUCUAAAAUACCGAUAUACCUAGAAGAGUUCGUUUACCAGAUACCCACCAGGUACCUACAUGGUAAUUUUGCGCCAAUUCACAGCACUUGCCCCCCUACACCUUGCUGUCAUACUGGUGAUAUUCCAGAAGAGCUCAACGGGGGACAGUACGUUCGCAAUGGGGGGAAUCCGUUAAUGAACCAUGACCUUGGGAGGGACACCCACUGGUUUGACGGAGAUGGGAUGCUCAGCGGUGUCUUCUUCAGAAAGCUCAACGGUAAAGCAGUUCAGCCGGAGUUCGUCAACAACUACGUCUUGACGGAUAUUCUCCUUGCUUCCCGGGCAAAUCCAAGGCUCCGCUGGCCCAUACUUCCAAGUGUUGCAACGUUGAUCAAUCCAAGGUCCUCGAUAUUUAGGAUAGCUUACUUCGUUUGUCGAGCUCUACUUCUUGUCAUUUGGUCGUGUGUGAAUGGCUCAAAGUGGCGGAUUAAGAAAAUCAGUGUGGUCAAUACCAGCGUCAUUUACCAUGACGGGCGUGCGUUGGCCACCUGCGAGAGUGGACCUCCGAUGAGAGUAUCACUACCCGAGCUCAAUACGGUAGGCUGGUUCAACGGACUGAGAGCGGAGGGGGAGCCGGAAGAUCCGAGAUCUGCCUCACACAUUGGGUUCGGAGGACCUGGCUUCAUGGGGUUUCUGAGAAAGUGGACGACCGGGCAUCCCAAAGUAGACCCCAUAUCUCGCGAGUUGAUUCUCUAUCAUUCAACAUUUGUCCGACCAUUUGUGCAUUACUCCGUUAUACCGGAUUCCGGCGCCCAGGGAAACUCCAUAGAGCAAUCACCUCUUUUCAACCUACCUGUCCCAGGAGUCCAGUUAUCCAAGAUGAUGCAUGAUUUUGGUGUAUCACGCCAGCACACCAUCAUCAUAGACCUUCCACUUUCUCUAGACCCAAUGAACCUGGCUUACAACAAGCCGGUCAUUGCAUAUGACCGUUAUGGGCGCACUCGUUUUGGUAUUUUUCCCAGACACACACCAAACCAGGUGCGAUGGUUUGAAACAGAGCCAUGCUGCAUUUUUCAUACUGUCAAUUCCUGGGAUGACAGCGUUAUUGAUAAGGGGACGACUGUGAAUAUGCUUGCAUGCCGUAUGACAAGCGCGGCCAUCGUCUUCAGUACGGGAAACAUUCAACCUCCAGCAAACCUAAGGAACAUCGAAGAUGAAUGUCGCCUCUAUUAUUAUCAGUUUGACCUUUCUCAGGUGGAGAAUAUCAUAUCUCACCAGUGGGCUCUGUCUGCAAUCACUUUUGAGUUCCCUCACGUCCCCAAACAUCUCGCCAUGUCCGCUACACAGUUUGUUUAUGGCUGUACAAUGUCAAAAGGAUCAUUCUCUGCAGCGCUUGGGAGAGCUGCAAAAAUAGAUGGCCUGGCAAAACUAGAUGUAAAGGCAUUGGUAGGUAAGGGCCUUAAAACCCCUCCACCGUCGGUAACCGGCUCAGUGGAUAGCCGGUCUGUUCAGGAGAUCUUGGCCUCGAAUGACCCAGACGAUCCCAUCAAAAUAUUCCAGGCACCUCCCGGGUGGUAUUUACAGGAGUGCUGCUUUAUCCCUCGAGCCAAUGGUGUGUCUGAGGAUGACGGGUGGCUUUUGACCUUUGUAUUCGAUGAAUCCCAGCUUGAUGAAGAUGGAUCUGCGCCAGCGGGGAGCAAAAGCGAACUAUGGAUACUUGAUGCCAAAACCAUGUGUAUGGUAACUCGCAUUUAUCUUCCUCAAAGAGUACCGUAUGGACUACAUGGAUGGUGGUUUUCAGAGGAAGAUGUUUGCAAUCAGCGGGCGGUCGAGCGUUGCCGAAGCGAGUAA